AUGGCCGAAUCUGAACCGGUAAAUGAGGAGGAAGCCUUAAGUGAUCCUAAAUGGAUAUGUGCAAUGAAAGAGGAGCUGGAAUCUAUUGAGAAAAAUGAUCUGAAUCUCAAAUCACUAUUGCCUGAAAUUCUCUGUUCAAUUUCACCGAUUCAUGUUCUUCUUGUGAGAAUAAGAGACAACCUCACCUUCAAUUCUAUCAUGGAAAAAUGUUGUCCAACACAUACACGGGCACCGAUUCCAAACGAUUAUGAGGUCGAUCUGAUAACAACUUUCACAAUAUUGAGUUUCUUGGAGUUGUUCAUAAGUAAUGAACAAAAACUUUGUCUCAUCAGUUUUUUGUAA